AGAAAAAAGCCCAAAGCAAACAAAGAAAUUGUCAGAGAUGAACACAAUCUUCUAUAUAAACGACUAAGGAAGUCUUUAGCUGUGGGAUCCACCAUGAAAGGCAGUUCCUGCAGCAAAUCAGCCGAAGCUGGCUGUAGCAGAGUUAUCAUACAGCCUGAAAAACAGACAACUAAUGUUAAGUCAUCAACAAGACACUCCAUGUGCAGAGGCAAAGAAGAGGUAGGAGUACGUUUCUUGAUUAUGCCUAAGAAGCCACAGACUCUCCAGCCCUACAGUCAAUCUCCACGCAGAAUGGCGUUGUCGAGAGAGCCUCAACAGAAAGCCAGUGAAACGUAUCCUGUGGUGUACAGCACUCAGCAACGUCACUAUGAGCCUUUCAGCAGCCCAGGCUUCCACUCUCUGGAUCCUGCACCACAGAUCAGAAAGAGGAACAUUCACUCAGCUAUCAUUCUCUACACAGAGGCCAUACAGGCAAAGUACGUGAUUCGCAGUAUGAGGGAAAGACAGAGAAAUGAUGGCUUUCACAGCCACAGGCCAUAUACCCAGCCAGAGCUCAAGGUGAAAAGGACAGGAGUUAAUUUUGUCAACAUGUGUGUGCUCACAGCUGAUGGAAAGAUCAUCAGAUCUCCAGAUCUCACCCAACUUCCUCUUCAUUAUCAUGAUGAAACUCCUGCAGUGUCUACCACAUCCUCUAACAAAAUCUCACUCAUACCAAAACAGAAUGUUUUAUCUCCUUGUAUUGGCCCUGUGAUUAAUGGAAUGAACCCUAAUCAAACUUGUGACUCUGGAAAAAUAUCUCCAGCCUUCUGUAAACCACUGCCUGUUUCCCUGAGGAGAGGGCUACGCAGCAGUGCUCACACUUCAACGCCACAAUCUUGUUGGAACAGCUCACAAAACAAAACGGAUUUCCUGUCACUCUCCAGACCACUAACGUGUAGUCAAAAUGGUGUGAGCUGCAUUAUCAGAGAGAAACAGUUUCAUCAUGGAGACUGGCACAAAGCAGCAAAAGAGCCGUAUAAAAACAUUACGGAUUGUGAUAUGUUCAGUGUGCAUGACACAAGCGUCUCCAGAAGGAGCGGUGGUGCAGACAUGACAGCAUCACCCCAAGAGACUCUGGACAUUGAUAUGAUCUCAACUUCCUCAACUACUACUAUUGAGAAAACUCACAAGCGCAGUGUUUCCUUAUGCCAACCAGAGACAAUAAACAUUCCAGCUGCUGACUAUCUGGAUUAAAGCAUCUCGCAUAACUUUUCUGCAUUCUCUCUAAGUUGCAUUUAAAUAAUUGAUCAUGUCAUGCUGCAAAAAUAAACAAGAAAUGCAAUAUUCCAGAUUACACCACAA